AAGGUGAGUGCCUGUAUGCCUGAGACUGCAGACGAUGGCGAGGGGAGUGAUGGGACCCCCUCUGAUGAUUUGGAGUCUGCUGACAACGACAAAGGAGUAGUAAAGUUUGGCUGGAUAAGGGGCGUCCUGGUGAGAUGCAUGCUGAACAUCUGGGGUGUCAUGUUGUUCAUCCGUCUGUCCUGGGUUUUUGGUCAGGCAGGCUGGGGUCUAGGAAUUGUGGUCAUUGCUCUCAGCUGUGUGGUCACCACCAUCACUGGCCUUUCAAUGUCUGCCAUUUGUACUAAUGGUGUGGUCAGAGGAGGUGGAGCCUACUACUUGAUAUCUCGCAGUUUGGGACCAGAGUUUGGUGGGUCGAUUGGUCUCAUUUUCGCCUUUGCCAAUGCAGUGGCUGUAGCCAUGUAUGUGGUGGGAUUUGCUGAGACCAUGGUCGAGUUACUCCAGGACAACUCUCUUGUCAUGGUGGAUGAAAUAAAUGACCUCAGAAUCAUUGGAUGUAUUACAGUUGUGUUGCUGUUGGCCAUAUCAGUUGCUGGAAUGGAAUGGGAGGCCAAGGCACAGAUUGUUCUACUCAUUAUCUUGCUGGUGGCCAUAGUGAACGUAUUUGUAGGAACAUUCAUUCCUGCAACCCCUGACAAGAAAUCCAAAGGCUUCUUCAAUUAUGACUCAAAAAUAUUCUUAGAGAAUUUUACCCCGGCCUUUAGAGAUGGUGAAAGCUUUUUUUCAGUGUUUGCCAUCUUUUUCCCUGCUGCAACGGGGAUCCUGGCUGGAGCCAACAUCUCUGGCGACUUGCGGGAUCCCCAAGGAGCCAUACCUAAAGGUACCUUGCUGGCCAUCCUGAUCACUGGUAUAACCUACUUGGCUGUGGCCCUUUGUGUCUCUGCCACCGUUGUCCGCGAUGCCACAGGAAACAUAACUGACCUCAUUGCUCCAGGAACAUAUUGUAACGGUUCGACAGCUGCUUGUGAGCUUGGCUAUGAUUUCUCUUCCUGCGAAGUGGAACCCUGCAGCUUUGGUUUGAUGAACAACUUCCAGGUGAUGACCAUGGUGUCUGGGUUUGGUCCCCUCAUCAUUGCUGGAACAUUCUCAGCUACCCUUUCUUCAGCCCUGGCUUCCCUUGUCAGUGCCCCCAAAGUCUUCCAGGCUCUGUGUAAAGACAAUAUCUACAAGGCUCUGCACUUCUUUGCCAAGGGUUAUGGCAAAAACAACGAACCAAUCCGUGGCUAUGUCCUCACAUUCAUUAUUUCUGUGGCCUUCAUUCUCAUUGGUAAUCUCAACACCAUUGCUCCUAUCAUUUCAAACUUCUUCCUGGCAUCUUAUGCUCUCAUCAAUUUCUCCUGCUUCCAUGCAUCCUACGCCAAGUCUCCAGGUUGGAGACCAGGAUAUAAGUACUACAACAUGUGGCUAUCCCUGCUGGGUGCAUUGCUCUGCUGUGUUGUCAUGUUUGUUAUCAACUGGUGGGCUGCUCUUCUCACGUACGGCAUUGAAAUCCUCCUCUACGUUUACGUCACAGUCAAGAAGCCAGAUGUGAACUGGGGUUCAUCCACACAGGCGGUGACCUUUGUGAGUGCAGUCAGCAACGCUCUGUCUCUGUCUGCUGUAGACGAUCAUGUCAAGAACUUCAGGCCUCAGAUCUUAGCACUGACUGGAUCAGUACGGACCAGACCGGCUCUCCUGGACCUGGCUCACUCCCUCUCUAAGAACUUUGGACUCUGUCUCACCUGUGAAGUGUUAGUGGGCCCGAGAUCGGAGGCUGUCCAAGAGAUGAACGCUGGCAUGGAGAGGAACCAGUUAUGGCUAAGGAAGACUAAGCGCAAGGCAUUUUAUGCUGCUGUCGCCUGUGACAGUUUCAGGGAUGGCACUGAGAGCCUGCUGCAGGCCUCUGGUCUUGGCCGCAUGAAGCCCAACACAUUAAUGAUAGGCUUCAAGAGAAACUGGCGGACUGCAGGCUCAGAGUCAGUGCAGAGUUAUGUGGGAAUAUUGCAUGAUGCGUUUGACUUUGAGUAUGGGACAGUGAUGCUGAGGAUGAGCCAAGGACUGGAUGUGUCGCACAUUGUCGAAGCAGAAGAGGAGAUGCUAAAGGCAGCAAGGGAGCAACAGGCACUGGAGAAUGAAAUGAUACCAAAUGGUGGAAAAGCAAGAGGGCUGUUUAGGAAAUCCAGGAAAUCCUCUCAGCAAGUGCUCACAACCAGAGUGUCAGUGUGCGGCCCUCCACCCCCACAGGUUGCCAAGAUGAAUGAGAGGCUGCUGGAGGCCAGUGCUCACUUCAAGAAGAAACAGCCUAAAGGCACCAUUGAUGUGUGGUGGCUGUUUGACGACGGAGGUCUUACCUUGCUGCUCCCCUACAUCCUCACCACCAGGAAGAAGUGGAAAGACUGUAAAUUAAGGAUCUUCAUUGCAGGGCAGCCUGAACGCAGUGAGCUGGAUAAAGAGGAGAUGAAGUCUUUGCUGCAGAAAUUCAGAAUUAACUGCUCUGACAUCAACGUCAUAGACGACAUCCAUGUCAGACCCAGUACUGAGAGCUUGAAGAAGUUAGAGGACAUGAUUGAGCCUUUCCGUCUCCAUGAAGGGUCUAAAGACAGUGCUCAGGUUGAAGCCAUGAAAAGAGAGCAGCCAUGGAAAAUCACUGACCAAGAACUGAACAACUUUGAGGACAAGACCAACCUCCAGGUACGACUAAACGAGCUGCUCCAGAUACACUCCAAAUCAGCCAAUCUGAUCAUUGUGAGCAUGCCCAUUGCUCGUAAGGAAUCUGUCUCUGAUUUCCUCUACAUGGCCUGGCUGGACACUCUGACAAUGGACCUUCCACCAACACUUCUCAUUAGAGGCAACCACAAGAGUGUGCUUACAUUCUACUCCUGAGCACCUCCCAGGCUAGACAG